CCAUCUCUCGUCUUCCCGCACUUCUAACCAUCACUUUCUUCAGUAUAGACGGCCAUGAGCUCCAGUCGAUCUACAGACCUCCCUCCUGCACCGGGCCCUUCCACGUUCUCUCGUGCGCCAAAAGGUAAAGCAUGCCUCAAUUGUCGCCGGCGAAAAAUGAAAUGCGACUGUGUUCGCCCUGUAUGUGGUCAAUGUGUGCGCUUCAAUCGAGAGCGCGAUUGUGAAUAUACAGAUGGCGAUCAACGCAGUCGAACUGAAAUCCUGGAAGAGCAAAUUGCGACCCUCCAGGCCCGCAUUGGCACCUUGGAGAAUCCUGUCGACCCCGUGGCAACUAUACAGGUGUCCCAAUUCCGUAAUGGAUCCAGGAGGUCCCCUUUCGAAGAUCCCGCUGAGUUUGGCAUAGACCACAUGCGCUCUAACAGCCAGGUUCCCUAUUACCCUGACGUUACUCAAGGCGCUUCGGACGUCUUAGUUCAGGCCUUCUUGACCUAUGCUGAAGACCUUGGUUGUUUUCUGAAUGUCCCUCGCCUCUUAGCUCAUACCGAGUUCAUGCUUUCAAAUGUUGUCAAUGGAUCUCAAGACCCUCUGUUGAACACUAUAUACCUUUGGGGUUCCAUUCUGCGUGGCGAUCAUAACGAGAGCCACUUCUUGGAGCGUGCCUUACACAACUUACCCAAGGCAUAUGCCUGUAACCAUCCCAACAUUCUACAAAUCAUUCAGACAGAAGUGUUGCUGGCUAACUACUUCUUUUACGGCAACAGAUUUGUCGAGGCGAGGGCGCAUCUGUCGGCAGCUGUCUCUACGACCCUGACGCAUAGGUUUCAUAAAAUUCGAAGUGCCAAUGAAGUUAUAUCGCGGACACUGGACUUAACCGACAUAGAUACCCAGUUGCUUCCUGCCUUGGAUAGCGUCGAAGAAGGCGAGCGCAUACACGCAUUCUGGUGGGUCUAUAUCCUGGACAAGUCAUGGGCGGCAGCCUUGAACGUCGAGUCGUUUCUGGUGGAAGAUGGUUCACCUGCUACCAGGAUUGAAACGCCGUGGCCAUUAACUGCACAGGUAUUCCAAGCGGGCCAUGUAGGGGAUGAAUAUCGUGGCAAUAGGACCAUCCAGAGGUUCCUCAACGAGCCUAUCGUAAAUAACACCCCGAGUGUACUAUCUACUCUCGCGCUACGAGCUCAGGCCACUGCUCUUCUUGACCGAGCCAAGUGGCUUUCGUCAACCUGUAGUGCAGACCUCGCACUUCUCAAUAUCCACCAAAAUGCAUUCAACAUGCUCGACGCCCAAAUUGAAGACUUCAUUCUCUCUCUGCCUCCCUUGGACGUCUUACGCAUUCACCCGCCUGCACAAACCCGCAGUCUCGUUACCACGCACAUGGUUGCCCGUAUGGCGAUUAUGCAAUUGCACAUAGCAUUUGCGGAUACGGAUGUGACAGCUUCUAUAAAGGCGUUGAGCGCGAGCAAGGCUAUUAUAGCUGCUUUUAAAGUGCUAUAUCCUGAACGGCCGGAGUUUGCGGAGGAGUUAUACCUGCAUGCGGAGCCUUUCCUCCUGAUUCUUUUGACGUCUUCGGCCCGAGUCAUGAUCAUCGAGCAGAACAAAUACAAUACGAACCAGGCUCUGUGGCAAACCAUGGCUACUUGCAAGAGUAUAUCAUACAUGCGUGCCGUCUUGGGCGAACUUAUCGAACAAAUGGGCAAGGUCAACCCUAAAUCCCGCCUCACUGCUCUCCAAGUGCAGAAAGUGGACAACUCCAGAGUCGACCCGCUCCAAUCUCUCCCUCCCAUGAUAGUACCCUCGCACUGACCGCAUACAAUACCCAAUCGUUUUUCAUUUUGUUCUGCCGACGAUUACGACUCAAUGACUUGAUGACCACCUCUCAAUCUGUUGCAUUCCGCUGCGUCCAUGCCAUCUAUGAUACUCGUGUUGUAAUUCAACUUGCAAUAUUCACGACAUUUUACGUCCCUCUGAAAGUGCCUUUUACGUCUCAGAUUUCUCAGCAAACUCAAGACGUGUUUACGCUUUCUUCGAAGCCGUCAACGACGUUCAUCGUCGGCAUUAACCGUCGUCACCGGAUCUAACGCAAUCAUUUUCAGUGUCCUGCACACUAUGAAACCAGGACCCUCGGCCUUCUGGUUGUUUCGGUAUCUGGCGACGGAGAGGAUCGCCAAGUACAUCAUCUCUUUUUCACACUCUCGUUUAUCUUGACUUCGGUUCCCGUGGAUGGCCGUGUGCCAAAUCUUCAAUGUCACGACAACUGGCAUCGUGGCGAACCGUGCGCAUGUCUCGUGGACGAGCACAAGAUCACAAUAACGACCUCAGCAGGUCUCCAUCCCGCCAAUCCGUCAAGUGGACCAACACCAGAAUCCCACGUCGUGCGUGUUGUUCACAUGGGUGCUUGCAGCCGGCGAGAUUUUCCACCAGCAGUGAUGCUGCCGCUCAAUUUUACUAGAGAACCUCAAACGCACCGCUGAGUUUGUCUAGAUUCCUGUCAAAUCGGUUCCAAUACCAGUAUCACGAGGUC